AUGAAACCGAGUGGUGAGGUGUCAUCCCCCCCUAAACCAGGAACGUCAGCUUCCCCUCCCAAUGUUAGGCGAAGCAUAAGCGACUGGGAAGGUGCAUCCACCAACCCCGCUCCAACAAACUCAAGCGCAACGACGGUCCAGGUGGACAAUACUACCUCUAAACCACGACCGGUACUGUCGAAAGACAACAAACCCACGGCCGCGCGUAGACCAUCUAUCGAUGUCCAAACUCCUCAUGGGAGUAAAUACGAAAAUCGAACGUCGGAAGCAAGGGCCUGCCUGAACAAAGGUAAAUUACAUCUGAGCGCCUCUCGAAAUUUAAAAACCGAGAUUAAAAAUGGAUUGGUUGAGGCACUUGAUCGACUCUACCAGAUUGUUAGGGAAGCUGAAAAGGAGUUAAAAAUAGAAAAGUCUAAAGGUGUUGGUGUUGGUGAUGGGAUUGUGGGGGGGGGAGCCGGUGCAAACCAGCACCGACUCUACAUUCAUAGUCAGGACACCGGAACCAACAAGUAG